AUGGCUGGCGUGAAACACGUGAAAACGAAAUCUGCUUGGAAAAAAGUCAAAUUAGACCCGAACUUGUUCAGUGAUGAGAAUUUUUGCUCGUUGGUAUCAUUUGAAGAACUAACUGAUUAUGAAAUUGUGGAUGGUAUAAUAAAACCAACGUUACAGCACGAGGGAAAGAAAGAUGUCAAGAAGAAAAAGAAGCGAAAGAUUGAUUCCUCAGAAGAUGGACGAUCAAAAGAAACUGAUAAAAAGUCCAAUAAAAGUCAAGAAGGGGGUAUACAGACUACGGCAAUGGAAAAGAUCAUUGGGGGUAAAGUGAAAAAGAUGAAAAAGGAGAAAAUAAAAUUGGCCAAGAAAUUGAAAAGAACAUUGAAAAUGCAAAAACUUGGAUUCAUUGUAAAGAAUAUAGAUGUGAAGGUGUUGGGCGGUGUUGCAGAUGGAGAAGAAGGUUCUGUGAUGGAAAAUGUUGAAGAGGGCAGGAUAGAGUCCAAGAAGAAGGAAGACGCGCAAGAAGUAACUGAGAAAAGAAAGGCAAAAAGGAAGAGGAAAAAGAAAGUAAAACAAAAGGAAGCCAGUUUACCAAAGAAACAGAAAGUGUCCGCUGAUGCUGUUGUGGAGGACAGCAGCAAGGGCAGUGAAACAGCAGGGAGCAAAAUAUCAACUGCAGACAUGUCUCCCUGGAAGAAUCUGUUCGUUCCCCCACUGGUGCUCAAGGCCCUUGAGGAGCAGGGCUUCACUUGUCCGACCCCCAUUCAGUCAUUGACGCUUCCAUCUGCCAUCAGGGACAGGAAAGACAUAGUGGGUGCUGCAGAAACAGGCAGUGGUAAGACGCUAGCAUUUGGUAUCCCGGUGAUUCACCACAUCUUGAGGCUGAAGGAAGCACAAGCCAAGAAGGACAUGGUGGGUGACACGGAGCUGGCAGGCGAAGACGAAGAUAUGUCUGAUGAGGAUGAAGAGGAGGACAUUAGUGAUGUAAGUGAUGCCGAUGAUGAUGAUAAAGACAUCGGCGGUGCUAGCGACGAUGAUGAAAAUGAUGGUGAAGAUAUUGGAGACGAGGAAGAUGCAGAUGUUCCUGAAUCUGAUGAUGAUGUUGAUAACGAAGAAGACGUAUUUGAUGAUGAUGAUGAUGAUGAAGCUGAAGGAGUUGAUUCUGAUGGAAAUCUAUCCGAGCCUGAGAGAGAUGAAGUAAAUUGGGAAGCAACAGAGUCGGCCACUGCGAAGGCACGUCAAGCACCGCUGACCUCGAGACUUUUUGCUCUCGUACUGACUCCAACAAGAGAACUAGCCAUACAAGUCAAGAAUCAUCUACAAGCUGUUGCUAAAUACACCGGAAUAAAGAUUGCUACUGUUGUUGGAGGUAUGUCUCAGCAGAAACAGGAGAGGAUUCUGAAGAAAUGCCCCGAGAUAGUCGUAGCCACACCUGGAAGGCUGUGGGAGCUUAUUCAGGAGGAUAACCCACAUCUUCUGAAUGUGGCUAGUCUGCCCUUACUUGUGAUUGAUGAGGCUGAUCGUAUGGUAGAGAAGGGACACUUCCAGGAGUUGGCCAGUUUGUUUGAAAUGAUUAACACAGACGAUAAUCAGAAAAGGAAACGCCAGAAUUUUAUCUUCUCGGCAACGCUGACGUACGUCCAUCAAGCACCAAUGAGGUUGAUGCUCAAGAAGAAGAAAAAGAAGAGAAAACAAGUUAAAUCAUUAUCACAGACCGACAAAUUAGAUGCCUUGGUCUCCCAGGUUGGUCUGAGAGACAAGCCUAAAGUGGUCGACAUUACCCGGAAAGUAGGAACAGUGGAUACAUUGAUGGAGGCCAGAAUCAACUGUACAAAUCCAGAAAAGGACAUUUAUCUCUAUUAUUUCCUGCAACAAUUUCCCGGGAGGACGUUGAUCUUUGUGAACAGUAAGGACUGCCUGAGGAGACUUGUGUCGAUCAUGACUUUGUUGAAAUGUCCCCCUCUACCUCUCCAUGCCGACAUGCAUCAGAGACAGCGACUGAAGAAUUUGGAUCGAUUUACUGGGAAUCCAAAAGGUAUUCUCCUUGCCACGGAUGUAGCUGCAAGGGGUCUUGACAUCCCUAAUGUUCAGCAUGUUCUUCAUUACCAGGUGCCAUAUACAACAGAGAAUUACAUCCACAGAAGUGGACGUACUGCUCGGGCGACGAAAGAGGGUCUCAGUGUUAUGAUUGUAGGCCCGGAAGACAUCAAAAACUAUAGGAAAAUAAUCAAGUCUCUGAAUAGGGAUGAGGACCUUCCACUGUUUCCAAUUAAUGAUGAGAUUUUGCCAGCUAUUCAUGCCAGAGUCGAGUUGGCCAGGAAGAUUGAUGUUGAGGAACACAGGGUGAGAAAGGCAAACCAUUCAAAUAACUGGUUCAAGAAGGCAGCUGAAGAGAUGGACAUAGAGCUGGACGAGGACCUCCUUGAGGACACCGGUUCAAGGGAAGACCAGCGCCACCACAAGGACAAGUUAAAGAUGAUGAGAGCCGACCUGAAUGCUGUUUUAAAAGCAUCGUUGAUUCCACGGAGCUUCUCGGGAAAAUAUCCGACCAAGUCGGGGAAACUGGUACUGCCACAUACACCUAGCACGGAAGAGUCUGAUGCGAUAUCGCGAGUGAGGAAAGACACAGCCAAACACAAGAAGCUCGUCGCUAAGGAAUCAAAGAGGGUACCGGUGGUGAAGAAGAUAGAAAAGAAGAAAUUCAAAAAGGACCGGAAAAGGAACCGGAAACAAAAUUGAUGAGUUGUUGGAUAUAAUUUGAUAAUCAGGAUAUGAUUGGUCUAUUAAAAUGAACAGUUCAAAAUAAAAAUGUGGGUUUGAGUCA